AUGUUCCCGCUGCCGAUGUUCACACCGGACCAGGUGGCGCGGGUGUGCGAGAACCUGGAGGAGACCGGGGACAUCGAGCGCCUCGGCAGGUUCCUGUGGUCCCUACCGGCGGCCGUCCCCGGAUCCGCCGGAGAAGCGCUGAACCGACACGAGUCCGUGAUGCGAGCGAGAGCGCUUGUUGCAUUUCACGGGGGGAACUUUGAGGCUCUCUACCAGAUCUUGCAGAGCUACAGGUUUACGCGCGAGUCGCACGCCAAACUGCAGGACCUGUGGCUGGACGCGCACUACCGGGAGGCGGAGAGGCUGCGGGGGAGGCCGCUGGGCCCGGUGGAGAAGUACCGGAUCCGCAAGAAGUUCCCUCUACCCCGCACGAUCUGGGACGGGGAGCAGAAGACGCACUGCUUCAAGGAAAGGACUCGCAGUUUGUUGAGAGAGUGGUACCUCCAAGACCCGUACCCCAACCCGUCCAGGAAACGCCACCUCGCCCAGGCGACAGGACUCACACCCACACAGGUCGGCAACUGGUUCAAGAACCGGCGGCAGAGAGACCGUGCUGCAUCUGCAAAGAACAGACUCCAGCAGGACCCGUCCCUCAUGCCCUCUGAGAGCUCACCCGACGGCUCCCAUCAGGACCGCCGCCAUCACCCCCACAUGUUGCCUCCCUCCCCUCAUCACCUGGGCAGCCCGGAGGCCAGCGACUGCAGCACGGAGAACGAGCGCCGGGGAACGGGAGCCUCCACCCCCGAGAUCUCCGUCAGCAGCGACAGCGAGUUCGAGUCUUGAGACUCUUUUUGUUUUCAUGAACUCCGUCCCGAGGAUUGGACUUUGUUGUUUAAGACACUUGAAGUGAGUGUGGCUGCGGACACACUGGAGGUGUUCUCAGUGAAGAUGAGACCACUUGAUGUGGCUGUGAGAGGAUGUUUUAUAAGGGAAUAAUAUGCAAAAACAACAUGCACUUAAAGAAGCACCAUGGCACAUGACCCAGACUGUUAUAGGAAGUAGUUUACAGCUGAUCACGACUCAGCAUGUCUGAUAGACGAACGCAGAACUGGUUCUUUUAAUUCAAACACUCAAAGUAUUUAUAGACAAGAAGAAGAUGGUCUUUAGAUAACGUGCAUAUUCAUAUGAAUCUUUGAACUGGUUCAGUAUAUAUUUUUGGAUAGAUCAUUUUCCUGUAGUUAUGAUCAGAACUACAUUAUGCAUUUGUAUGGAAGCUGUGAAGACACAAUGAUCAAUGCCUUGAGUAGGCUGUUAA